CUUGAUAUGGGCUCGGAACCAAAGCGACCGCGCGCGGUGGGCUACAAGUACAGCAAGAACGCUUGUCGUACGUGCCGGUAUGUGACAAGGCCAGUGAAUGUCAUGUUGACCGANCGCCUGACAUUGGCUAGCAACCGGAGAGUCAAGUGCGACGAGACUAGGGGAUCCUGCCGAAGAUGCAUAUCGUCGGGUCGGGUUUGUGGUGGAUACGCAUAUUCCAAGUUAACAGAUCAUAACGCCAUCUUACGGCCGCUAAAACCAGCACCAAAUUGCCUGACCGAACACGCUGUAGCAGUGCGCUCAGAUGGUCCGCCUAGCCUCCACGAGCAAGAGAUGCUGUCGCGCAGGAUCUGUCCACGACCGUCAGCACUUUCUGUUUCUUUGAAUUGUGCUGAGGGACAAGCGCUGGAUUCUUUCCGUCCUGUGACCCUCAGCCAUCUGCCAUGCGCGUCGACGUUCGAAGAGCCUUGGGAGCAUAUAGUCAUGGUUCUGGCUUAUCAGCAGCCCACAGUUGCCGCAGCUGGAUGUGCCUUGGCCUCUUUACACCGCGCUCUGACUGAGAGUGAAGGUCCUGACCAACAUCAGCUUGCUCUACAGCAAUAUUGCAAGUCAUUGUCGCUAAUGCGUGAUUACAUCAAUGGCCUGCAACACAACAAUACGGAAGACGCCAUCCUUGUCGUUCUCGUGGUCUGCCUGAUAUUCUUUACUUACGAAGCCUUCUCUGAGAAUGACGCCAGAGCAUCAAUACACCUUCUCACCGGCUUGCGUAUUAUUCACGAGCAAUGCUGCGGCCGUGGAAAGCUCUUGAAUCCCCACAAUGAGCGUAUAGUCUUUCUAGACCGUGGUUCAGGGAGCAUGUUCAAUGCACUCAGACAGGUAUACAUACGGAUAGACUCACACUAUACGUUGAUAGGCCAUGAUCAAUCAUUUCUUAAUCUUGACGAAGCGAACAUGCAUCUAGAAGUCAUCAAGGCCAGGAUGUACACCCUUUUCGAAGCAAUAUUCUCGUACGCCUACCGCACAUUCAGCGAACCAGAGCUUUUGCAUACUCUCGACAAAUAUCAGCAGAUGUGUCUCUUGCAAGCCACUCUGCGUUCAAUGAACUUCGACCAGGCUCCCCAUCUGUUGUCGGGAGCAGAGGAGAUUAGACAUCUCCUGCAAGUGUGGACCUCUUCCUUCAACAUCCUCAACGGCUACGCUGACAACAAGAAGCGGUUCACCACACCUCCAGCGUUCUCGCUUGGCUCCUACGUUGUGAGAAUCAACUUGCGUGGUAUCUUCGACACGGACUAUCUCGUAGCGUACUUGCAAGCUAUUGUCGAUUACGAAGAGAACGCCACUCGUAGAUACAAUCCGGACAUUGGCGUCAAGUCCGACCUCAAGGCGUGCGACGUACCUGAGGCAGCGAGGUUCUUGGAGAGACACCUGUCGCCCUCCUACAAUCGCGCUCGGUUCGAUUUCUAUAGCACUAAUCAUGUCAAUGUGGUGUUCCUCAAUGACAUUUAG